CGAUCUGUCAAAUUUUUCGUCGGACAUCAAAACAACAGAAAAUGUGUUUCACGAAUUGUUAGCAAAAAGUACGAUUUCUUUAAGAAAAUAAUCAUUUUUCGUUAGUAUUUAACUACUUGUUCACUAAAAACAACCUGUGGGCCAUCGAGCACAAUGAGCAUCAUUCAGAGGAAGCUAUUUGGGGGCGGUUUUCCGCUUCUUAACAUCGUUCGGCGAUUAGAACUCCUUCCAUCGGCCACAGCUUCACUGUCCACCAAAGCGGAACCGGUCCCAGCUGGUUCCGGAGGAUCGUCUCAGCAACAAACACGCCAAUCACCCAACCCUCCCACAAUCACCAGCGGCACCGAGCGAAAAAGCAUCGUCCCGCCGGAGUAUCGUUUCGUCUAUCAGGAAUUUCUGCCCGACCCCAAACUGGAAUGGCGUAACCCAAUCCGGGAAAAGCUCGAGCGAAUGGACAUGCUGGAUCGCCGCUCAAACAUCGACAUUCCGGAGUUCUACGUCGGAUCCGUUGUGGCCGUAACCAGCUCGGAUGUGCACGCUGUGGGUAAAACUUCCCGAUUCCUUGGCAUUUGUAUCCUGAAGGAGAAGUGUGGAUUGCGCGCUAGGUUCAUCCUGCGGAACGUGGUGGACAACCAGGGUAUGGAAGUGUCCUACGACAUGUACGAUCCAACGCUACUGAAGGUAGAAGUUCUACGGCUGGAGAAGCGAUUGGACGACCAUUUGCUAUAUCUGCGCGAUGCCCUGGACGAGUACAGCACCUUCGAUCUGAACAUGGAAUCGGAGAUACUUCCGGAGGGGGCACCCGUUCCCGUGAACGACAUCAAAGUGACACUGAAACCGAGACCGUGGUUCGCUCGCUGGGAACGGCACGAGUUGCAGGGGGUGGCCAACAUUGAGGAGCACACCAACGAGAAGAAACGGCGCAAGGCGGAACGGGUUGCCACCCCUUGGGAGAAGUACGACCUGAUGAAGGAAUAUAGGAAGAGCAUUCCGGAAGAAGAGCAGAAGGAAAUCUUUGCCGAGGUGUACUCGCAGCUGCACCAGUUGGAGUUGACGCGCAAGAAGAUGAAGAGGAAGCGGACCUUUGUCAAGCCGACGAAGUUGGCAUAAAUGGGCGGGAGAUUGGUAGAGUUUUUGUAUUGUUAAGCGGAGCAUUGGAAACAUAUGUGAGUGAUGCGAGAUAUGUU